AAACGAAGAAAUAUAUUAUUAUAUGUUUGCGUUAUGUUAGGGGACACUCGGUUUUGCCUACAAAUACUUCAGAAAAGUCAUCAGAAAACAUGAAGACAAAAUUUUAGUACUGAAAACAAUCUCCCCCCACUUCAUGGCUCCUCUACAGGUCUCACACUCGCGUAGUGGGAGUGUACCAUGCACUCACCAACACAGCGACAGGCGAGCCCUCAACACAGCCUCCUAGCUCACGCACACUAGCACACCCUCCCGUGUCCGUACGUACACAGGCACUCUCAGUCCACAACACAACCUCCUCUACUGCACUCACGCGCAGUAAAAAAAGAUAACGCGAUCUAUCGAUCUUUUUCCAAAUCCAAAAAACAACGUCGCCAGAUAGCCUUCAUGAAUAUAGUUGGAUAGAAUUGACGUCUUCCAGCGAACGCGUCGCUAUACCCCGAGACAUUUAUUUCGAUCACAAUAUUUAUGACAUCGUAAUUAAUUAAACAUGUCGUUUUAAUUAUGUAAAUACAAAUGGGUGAUAAUCAAUUUAAAUUAUGUGUUUUGAUCUCGUUCGCUUAAUUUAAUGUAAACAUAUAUUUAUCAUUAUUCGUGGCGUUUUUACGGUGUUAACGCUUAGGUAAUAUAAAGCUCGGCGGGAUGUUUUUUGUUGAAGCUAGCGGAUAGUUGAGUGCCGGUAAUAUGUUUGGACUUGGAGAACAGUGAUAUGUACUUUGUGUUCGCGUUACUUUAAAUGGAAUUCUACUGAUCUCAUACCAUUAUGGAACGUCACCAAAAUGGUAUGGAUGUGUGGGUAGGGCAAGGUCGCGUCAACCAGUUGGGAGGGUUGUUCAUCAACGGUCGUCCGCUGCCGAACCACAUCAGGCUGAAGAUCGUGGAGAUGGCGGCGGCGGGCGUGCGGCCCUGCGUCAUCUCGCGCCAGCUGCGCGUCUCGCACGGCUGCGUCUCCAAGAUACUCAACAGAUACCAGGAGACGGGCUCCAUUAGACCAGGUGUGAUUGGAGGGUCCAAGCCCAGAGUCGCGACGCCCGAAGUGGAAGCCAGAAUAGAAGAACUCAAGAGGCAAAACCCAGGAAUAUUCUCAUGGGAAAUAAGAGAAAAGCUAAUAAAGGAGGGCGUGUCUGACCCACCCAGCAUCUCGUCCAUCUCGCGGCUGCUCCGCGGCGGCGCUCGCGACCCAGACGGCAAGAAAGAUUACAGCAUCGACGGAAUACUCGGAGGUCGUGGUUCAGAUUCGUCAGAUAUAGACUCAGAGCCAGGGUUGACGCUGAAGAGAAAGCAGCGUCGUUCCCGUACAACGUUUACUGGGGAACAGCUAGAUGCCUUGGAAAGGGCCUUCCAUCGCACGCAAUACCCUGACGUGUACACUCGCGAGGAACUGGCUCUGCAGACGGGGCUCACCGAAGCUAGGAUACAAGUGUGGUUCUCCAAUCGACGUGCCCGACUACGAAAACAUACUGGUUCAAAUCCCAGCCCCGGAAUCGGUGGCUACUCUGCAAUACCAAUGCCACAAAUACCAUGCCCAUACCCUGCGGGAGAGAUACCUUCGUUGUCCCAACACCACCCACAACACCCAGACGCAUGGCACCAUCAAAAAUAUGCCAAUUAUAACCAACUCAUGGCACAAUCUCAACAUUUGAACCAAGCUUUCCAAAAUGCUGCUUUUCCUAGCACUUCCGGAACCACUUUCGGUCAUUUAGUUCCAGGUGCAAAUGGCCCACCCCACAGCCAAAUAUUGGACAGUGGUAUCCCAAGAAACGACUACGCUCGAUACCCUAGUAGUGAUAUUUACAACAAACCUAUUAAUUACUUACCAAAAGAGGCUGACGUUGAUGAUAAAGUCAACAAUGAUGAAGUGAUUGAGCCAAGAGAAGAUACCUUCGAGAAACCUCCCGGAGACGAGUACAGCAAAACGUUACCAAAUAAUGAAUAUCCAAAAGUUCCCGCUGAUUACUCCAAAGUGUCUGCCGACCCGACCGCGGCUUCAAACUGGAGCCCCUCCCACAACUCAUUGAACAUGAGUCUGGCAGGUCUCUCCAGUGAAUACAAGUACAUGAACGAUCCGUAUUCGUUUCCGAACGUGUCUGAUCCACUGACGCAACAUAAUUAUCCAAAUCCACCCAAUGCUGCAAACAAAUACUGGAUUUGACGAAGUACUUAGUUACUAUAAACUUUUAUUGUUUUAGUAAAUAUGAGUAAAUUUUAUUUAAAUUAUAUUUUAGAAUAAUUAUUUUAAUUAUGACCGUUUGUGAGAAAUUACCUCUUUUUGCAUUCCAUUUAAUUAUACCUAUCAUAAAACCAAACAUUUGUACAUUUUAGUAAGAGAGUCAUUAGAUAUUAAAGGGUUACUAUCAA